CCAAGUUGCGCGGAGCUCGGCCACAAAAAUAAAAGUUCCUACCCCGGGAAUGGGCAGGUUCCACAGGAGCGCUUCCCUCUCACACCUCCAGCCCGCGAUCCGGACCAGGGAGCGGAUGUAAGGACCAGCACUUGGAUCUGUUCUUUUCUUUCUUUUUGGAGUGAUUUCUCACUUUGGAUAAGUUGCGCUGCAGCUGAAGAUCGACCCCCAGGACAGGGCUGUUGGUGCGGCCACCACAGAGAUGUGUUCCUCCGCGGGGCUCACCGUGGGCUUGCUCCUGCUGCUGGCUCUGCACCGUGGAUCCGCCGCGGACGCACGGACGUGUCCGCCUCCCUGCGCCUGCUUCGGGGAGCUGGUGGACUGCAGUCGCCUGAGAAGGGGCCAGGUUCCGCACACGAUCCCGGAAUGGACGGUUCAGCUGGACCUGAGCCAUAACAAAUUGCAGGUGCUCGACAGCAAUUUGUUUUCCAGACUACAACAUCUAAGUGAAAUAAAGCUAAACCACAAUGAGCUUGAGGCAAUACCAGAUUUGGGCCCUUACGCUUCAAACAUCACAACGCUCAUUCUAGCAAACAACAGGAUCACCAGGAUCUCUGUGGAGCAGCUCCGGCCCUUCCUCGCUCUGGAAACGCUCGACCUCAGCUACAACAACAUUGUGGAUAUAAAGGCCAGCUCCUUCCCUGCUCUGCCCCUCAAGAACCUGUUCCUCAACAACAAUCGGAUCUCCUCGCUGGAGACGGGCUGUUUCACCAACCUGUCCAGCAGCCUGCAGGUUCUCCGGCUCAACCGCAAUCGCCUCUCCUCCAUCCCAGCCAAGAUCUUCCAGCUGCCCAACCUCCAGCAUCUAGACCUGAGCAGGAACCGGGUUCGCAGGGUGGAGGGCCUGACGUUCCACGGUCUGCACGCGCUCAGCUCCCUCAAGAUGCAGAGGAACGGCCUCAGUCGCCUGAUGGACGGAGCCUUCUGGGGCCUCAGCAACAUGGAAGUCCUGCAGCUGGACUACAACAACCUGACGGAGGUGAGCAAGGGCUGGCUGUACGGCCUGCUGACUCUGCAGCAGCUCCACCUCGGCCACAACGCCAUCAGCAGGAUCCGACCUGACGCCUGGGAGUUCUGCCAGAAACUCAGCGAGCUCAACCUCUCCUCCAACCAUCUGUCCAGGCUGGAGGAGUCCAGCUUCGUCGGCCUCAGCCUGCUGGACGAGCUCCACAUCGGAAACAACCGCGUGAGCUUCAUCGCAGACGGAGCUUUCCGAGGCCUCUCCAACCUGCAGGCGCUGGACCUUCAAAAUAAUGAAAUCUCCUGGACCAUCGAGGACAUGAAUGGGCCUUUCUCUGCUUUGGACAACCUGAAAAAACUGUUUCUGCAGGGGAACCAGAUCCGCUCGGUGACCAAGAAGUCUUUCUCAGGCCUGGACGCGCUGCAGCACCUAGAUUUGAGCAAUAACGCCAUCAUGUCCAUUCAAGCGAACGCCUUCUCGCAGAUGAAGAACCUGCAGGAGCUGCGUCUGAACACCUCCAGCCUGCUGUGCGACUGCCAGCUGAAGUGGCUUCCCAUCUGGGUGGCAGAGCAAACCUUCCUGCCCUGCGUCAACGCCAGCUGCGCCCACCCGCAAAUGCUGAAAGGCAGGAGCGUGUUUGCCGUCAGCCAGGACGAGUUUGUGUGUGAUGAUUUCCCAAAACCUCAGAUCACCGUUCAGCCCGAGACCCAGUCCGCCCUCAAGGAAACCAACGUGACGUUCAUCUGCUCGGCGGCCAGCUCCAGCGACUCCCCCAUGACCUUCGCCUGGAAGAAAGACAAUGAGGUCCUAAACGACGCAGAGAUCCACAACCAGGCCCACCUGCGAGUGCAAGGAGGAUCAGGGGGUGAGACGGAAGUGACGGAGUAUACGACCACCCUGCAGCUCCGUACCGUGGAGUUCUCCAGCGAGGGAAAAUACCAGUGCAUCAUCUCCAACCACUUUGGAUCGUCGUACUCCACCAAGGCCCGGCUCACUGUCAACAUGUUGCCGUCCUUCACCAAGAUGCCCAUGGACUUGAGUAUUCGUGCCGGAGCGACAGCCAGACUGGAAUGUGCGGCUGUGGGUCACCCUUCCCCUCAGAUCGCCUGGCAGAAAGACGGAGGUACUGAUUUUCCUGCCGCCCGUGAACGCCGCAUGCACGUCAUGCCGGAGGACGACGUCUUUUUCAUAGUGGAUGUCAAGACAGAGGAUAUCGGCGUUUACAGCUGCACAGCCCAGAACACAGCGGGAGCCAUUUCUGCAAACGCUACACUUACUGUGCUAGAAACACCCUCCUUCCUGAGGCCGCUCAUGGAUCGCACUGUGGCCAAGGGCGAAACCGCCGUCCUCCAGUGCAUUGCCGGCGGCAGCCCUCCCCCGAGGUUGAACUGGACCAAAGACGACAGCCCCUUGGUGGUGACAGAGCGCCACUUUUUUGCCGCCGCCAACCAGCUCCUCAUCAUCGUGGACGCAGCAGAGGCUGACGUGGGGAAGUACACCUGCGAGAUGUCAAACGCGCUGGGCACAGAGAGGGGCAAUGUUCGACUGGCAGUCAUAUCCAACCCCAACUGCGACCCCGGCGUGCAGGGAGGCAUGGGGGUCGGCGCCGUGGGUGGGGCCGGAUCGGACGUCGAUGGCUGGACCACAGUGGGAAUCGUAAUCAUAGCGGUGGUGUGCUGCGUGGUGGGCACUUCGCUAGUUUGGGUGGUGAUCAUCUACCACACCCGACGACGGAACGAGGACUGCAGCGUCACCAACACAGAUGAGACCAACCUGCCUGCAGACAUCCCCAGUUACCUGUCCUCCCAGGGCACGCUGGCUGACCGACAGGACGGCUACAUCCCGUCAGAGAGCGGCAGCAGUCACCAGUACAUGCCGUCGUCCCUCAGUGGCUUCUACCUGCAGCAGAAAGACAUGAACGGUCUUUGUCAGCUGGAUACGGGAAGUGAAGCGGACUUGGAGGCGGCCAUCGAUCCUCUGCUCUGCCACUAUCAAGGACCAAUAGGCUCGUUGCUUCGCAGAGACAACAUGUACGCCACGGACCCGUCAGAGGGCUUCACAGGUUGUUCCAUCGACCAAAGGCCUGCAUGCAUUGACGCCUACAGCAGUAGCUUGCCCAGUUCUAAAAGGAGGGACUACUUCCUGUCUGAGCAUUUUGACGUCUGCUCCUCGACGGUCCUGAUGCAGCUCCCCAGUGCCGGCCUCCAUCACGGCCCCUCCCACCAGCCGAGCGACCGCCGACCAUCCACGGAGGAGGAAGACGUGAGCGACUACGGCCGACCUCACGAGUGCCUCUCGCCCUGCAACACCUUCAUGGGAACAUUUGGGAAAGCUCCCUGGAGGCCUCAGCAGGACCUGUACACGGGCUGCGACCCGCCAUCAGCGCCACAUGAUGCAAUGACGCCACAUGAGAACCCUUACACGGCACCUGACUUCGAUUCAGACCAAGAAGAGAGCAGCCUCAGCAGGGACUCGUCGUCAGAGCAGGGCAGCAGCGUGUACGAACAUCCGUUUGACUGCAGGACUGAUCCCUUGCCACAGCGCAGAACCAGCACUUAGCGGAGUGAUGCUCCAGCUGGAUCUCGUUUUUCAUGAAGAGGACGACCAAAAAAACUCAAUGAAAUUUCUACCUCACUGAACGGACACUUUUGCAAUAAGGACUCCUCAAAUGUGCAAAGAGUGAAUGUAACGGACGAUUUCCGGUUCCUACAGAAAAAGAACCAGGAACAUAUUAACAGCUGUUCUUUAAGGACACUGUUUAAUGACAUAGAUGAAUAUAUACAUUUUUUAUAUAAAGUUUAUUAUAUUUUGUAAAUUGUACAUAAACAGAUUACAUUAUUUUUGCUUACCUUUUGUGUACGAGUAUUUUGCGCCCUGCCUAUUCAGUUAUUCCAGCUUUGAAUGAAGCAAUGUGUUGCACAUGUGUAAACAAUAAAAACACCUUGAUGUGUGCUGCUACAUUCA